AUGGGGAAAACAGUUGGGUUGUAUUUCUCCGCAUCAUGGUGCAGGCCAUGCCAGGGGUUCACCCCAAAUUUAGUCGAGGCCUACAAUGAACUCAAACAAGUUGACAAAUUUGAGGUCAUCUUCAUAUCUGCCGACCAAGUUGACGAGUCGUUUAACUCUUAUUUCUCUAAAAUGCUCUGGCUUGCAGUCCCUUUUUCUGAUACAAAGACACGCGAAAAACUGGACAAGACGUUUAGUGUCGAUGGGAUACCUCAUCUCGUGUUUUUGGAUUACAGUGGGAAAUUAUUGUCCGAGGAAGGCGUACGAAUAAUUCAAGAAUACGGUUUGGAAGGGUACCCUUUUAACUCCGAAAAGAUCGAGCAGCCCAAGUUACAAGACUUUGAAGCUAGGAAGAACCAACCGCUUAAGUCAUUGCUUGCAUACGGGUCGAGAGACUGUGAUUAA